UGGUACAAAGCGACGAGAGAGAGACGGAGAUCCGUUAGCAUUCAGCAGAAUGGUUCGCCGAGAAGUGUUAUUCCUGCCAGUGGUGGCCUUCGCGAUCGGGGCCAUGUGUGGACCGGUCGAUGAUGAGCAGAGGAAACCAACGAUAAUAAGCACCGCUCAAUUAUCAGUUGAUCCGGAGACUGCUAUGAAGCUGUUGCCAGAGACGGAGCUGCCGACGCGUGACCAAGAUGAAGAACUACCGACCGAUAGCAGCACGCCCGUUGAUGUUGCCAGCGAAUCGAAUCAAGUGGGCACUAGCACCACUGAACCGUCGGCCAACAAUGGUUCUACUGGAACUACGGAAAUUGAUGAAAGCUACACAGAGGAAGGACGCACCACGUUAAUGGCGGAAGUACUCACGACGCUGAAACCGAAAGCCCCGGAAAACUCGACGGUAGCAGAUCUCAACGCGACCACAACGACAAUCAUACCCUUCGAGAGGUCCACAUCGGAAGGAUCUUUCAGCACAACGCAUUCUUCCGUAACGCAGCCGGCGGAAGUUACCGUCGCCGUCACGCAUAAUCCGGAAGCACCCGUAACCACAACAGUAGCAGGUGUUACCUCGACGCCAGAACCUCCAGCAAGUUCAACGUCACAAACCGUCACAACUGUUCGAGUGGACACCACCUCGGCUGAAGCUGGAACCACGGCAACAACUCUGGGGACUUCGUCCUCAACCGGAAUCGGCUCGGAGACAACGCAUAAUCCGGAAGCACCCGUAACCACAACAGUAGCAGGUGUUACCACGACGCCAGAACCUCCAGCAAGUUCAACGUCGCAAGCCGUCACAACUGUUCGGGUGGACACCACCUCGGCUGAAGCUGGAACCACGGCAACAACUCCGGGGACUUCAUCCUCAACCGGAAUCGGCUCGGAGACAACGGUCACGACGAUCAAACCGGAGACGACCACCAGCGGUGUGGGAUUGCUAACGUCUGGCGGAGUGGUUCUCCUUGCGUCGCUGCUGGUAAGCUGGCUGUAG